AUGGACGACUCAGGCGAUGACAGGCACUCGACUGCGAUUGUCAUGUCUUCGAAGAGCGCUGCAACGACAGAUAUCGCGGCAUCUGUCUUUAUCAUGUCAUUAUUCGACGAAGAGGCAUAUCGAGUCCAGGUCCGCCGCAUACCAGCAUCUCUGAGUGAGAAAGAGCAUCAUGAAGAGUUGGACCGGAUAGCCGCAAGCGAAGGUAUCGAGUUGCCACACUCGAUCGACGAGACAGAAGCUGUCGCCUCCUCCACGUCAGACACCACAAUCCUUUCCGAGUCAACCAAUAUGCAAGGUUCUAUAAUGUCCCAGUCUACGGCGCCGACGUCCUGUUCUUCUAGCGAGAGACGCCCAGAGACGAGCAAUUCAAGGGUAUCUACCAGUGUCUCGAUGGAAAUACAAAACAGGCCAUAUUCUUCGGACGCCCAGAAGAAGCGCAAUUCCGUAUUUCGCUCACGCAUGAGAAGGAUUGUUGGGAAGAAGAGGAAAGAUUCCUCCGACAGCGGUGCUGGAACUAUCACUGUCGAUGCCCAUGACCCGGACCCUUCUUACCAAGACUCGAAGGACUUGGAGAACAACGCGCCUCCCAGGAGCCCGUCUUCCGUACGAUCUCUCAAAAGCGCGUGGUCAAGCCAGGUAGUCGCGCCGAAGCAAAGCUUAGAGUAUUAUCAAGACCCUGCGGCUCUGAAGCGAUCCAUGGAGUGUAGAGAAAUGAUAGAGCUGCAGAAAGAGCAGCAGGCCGAGCGUGACCGCUUUCUUCAUUUCCGGCAACGGCUGAUAAGUCAACUCCGGCACGAACGAGAUUGCGCAAAAGGUGAGCGAAAGACUGCGUAUGAUGCAGUGAUGGCAGAGAAGCGUAUAGUUGACGACCAGGCUAUUGAAGAGCUUGAAGAAGCGCAGCUCCAAGAAGAGUUGAAAAUGGCCGAAGAGCAUAAAUUUCGAGAACGCAUGAUGCACAGCAGACUUCGCAACAUCGAGAAACGGGUCCAGAAUCCAACGCCACCACCUACGCCUGGGAACCUUGCAGUCGCUGUUCAGGCUCCUGAUUCCCCGAAUGUAGAGCAGGUCGUGGUGCUGCCUAUCAGGUCGGCAGCCGGACCGAGCGAGUACAACCACUUGGCGGAACAGUAUCGCGAACAGACCUCGCUCAAGCACUCGAACGGCGGCAAGAUCAAUGUGCUUCGUGGCCAGCAGCAACGGAAGAUGGAAGCCUUCCUAUGCCAGCAGCGUGAGGAAGGAGAAAGAAUUGAAGCGAAGUACAGAUUCGAAGUCAAUGUGAUCGAGGAGGACUUCACCAGUAAAGAGAAGGCUCUGCUUGAUGUCUUCAAUGCGAAGCGGACAUCGAUUGAGCUCUAUUGGCACAAGCAGGCCAUACUCGAGCAGCAAAGGCAGGAGAGGGCAACUGGCCUGAAGUAUCAGCUCCUGCCAUUUAUCAGCGCGCGUGAUUGA